AUGACAUGGAUGAAGUUCUACGAAUGGAGUAAGAUUUACGGACCCAUCUACCAGAUGGAAAUAUUCGGCUCGGUGCACAUCUGGAUGUCAUCCGAGGAGAUCGUGCAGGACUUACUCGCUCGGAGGGCCAACAUCAACUCGGACCGGCCCGUCAUUGUCAAUUUGCCUGAUAACCGCACCAGCGGCGACUAUCUUGCCCUCUCUGGAAACAACGAAACAUGGAAGCGCCAGCGCAAGAUGUGCAACCAGCUCAUGGCUGCCAGCAACAAGCAAGGUCUCCAUGCCUACCCUACCCGUGAGCGCGACCGAUUCCUGUCCCUGAUGGCCAACGACCCCAGCAACUACAUUGAGUGGAUCGAGCAGUUCACGGCCCGCACCGUCUCCCGAGUCUGCUGGGGCACUCCUCACCGCCAGGCCCUUUUGCGCAAAACCACGUUUGGCCUCCUCGAGAGCAUAUCGCCUGCCGGUGCCCUGCCCAACGUUGUCGCCUGGCUGGGAUACCUGCCCGACAAGUUCAGCCCCUGGCGCAAGAAGGAGCAUCUUCGUCAUGCCCUCGAGGCCGAACUCUUCACCUCUAACUUGGCUGGCGUCAAGGCUUCCAUGAACGAGGGUCAUUCGGUGCCCAGCGCCGCCCGAACCUUCCUCGAGGACAUGGAGCAAAAGCCGCGCGGGUCGCAGGCCGAGGCCGACUUCCACUCGGCCGAAGGUAGCAAGGUUGUUGGCAUGAUGGCCAUCGCCGGUGCGCUUACUAUUGGCAGCCCGAUUCAGAGUUUCCUGUUGGCCAUGUGCCACUACCCCGAGUGGCUGGAGCGUAUGCAAGCCGAGAUAGAUAUCAACCUCGAUGGCCGCUGCCCUCAGUGGGACGAUCGUGAGAAGCUCCCUCUGCUGCGUGCCGUCGUCAAGGAAACCAUGCGCUGGAGGCCCCCUGUCCCCACCGGUAUCCCCCAUGCUAGCGACAAGGACGAUGUUUACAACGGCUACUUUAUUCCCAAGGGCGCCACGCUGCACGCCUUGGAGUGGGGUCUGACACGCGACGAGAGCGUUUACCCUGAUGCCGAAACAUUCAACCCCGACCGAUGGCUGAACCCAUCUUUCCCGACUUACAAGGAGCCCCUGACCCACUACCCCAACCUCAACGGAUACAGUCAAUUUGGCUACGGGCGCCGCACAUGCCAAGGUAUCCCCAUCGUCGACCAGGAUCUCUUCCUGUCAAUGGGCGGUCUGGCUUGGGCCUUUGACAUCCGCAAGAAGCUCGACACGCAGGGCAAUGAGAUACCCGUCCACUGGAACUCGUACUCGUCGCUGCUGAUCGCCAAGCCCGUCAAGUUCGAGUUUGACUGCGUCCCGCGCGAGGGUAAAGGCCGCGUCAUCGACCUCAUGGCCUCGAGCGCUCGCGAGAUGGAGGAGGAGGAGAACAGGCUGCUGGGCUACGGCUGCAGUACUGGAACGAGCCUUCUGCACCCCAGAGUCGAGAUUUCACUCGCAAAGGACAUCGAGGUCAUGUCAGAGGUCGGUUCCGCAAGCGCAUCAGACAGCGACGAGAGCAGUAUGCGCGACUCUCUACUCCUUUCUUCCGAGGGCAGCAGCAGGUCUAGCAGUGUUUACUCGAGUGAUUCGGAGGAGGGUGCAAGAAAUAGGAAGCCGACCAAGCCGCUCAAGAAGGCCGCUAGUGCCUUUUUCGGUGCUUUACCUGGAGGCUGGGUAUAG